CGUACGUCAUGACGUAGAGGAUGUGAGCGGCUGGAGUAGCCGUCUGAUUGCUUUGGAAAAGUGGUGGUUUAAUUAGACAAUCCACUAAACCCCACGACGCAAAGUAAUCGACUGAAAGGUGGCAGAUAUUUUUGGACAAGAGUCCGUUCAAUCUCGCUACUGCUUGGAGUCGUUUGGGUGCACGUUGAAACGUCGAGGCCUGCUUUGUUAGCCUAGCAUACUAUAGCAGCUAACAAAGAGAAACAACGUGCUUGGGAUAAACACGUCGCCCAGCAAGCAAACAUCAAGUCCCAAAAUGUCAGGAAUCGCAGCCUAGUAAACGAACCCAAACACCUUCCUGACAAUCGUUAACAUUGAUUAAUCAAAAUGGUGAAGGCAUGUGUGGCGGUUGGUUGCAGUAACAGAGAAGCCGUUAGACAGCGGCGAAAACAUCAGUAUGAUGCCAACACGAUCGCAACAUCAUCAGACGGAGAAGAUGAAGCUCGUCGGGGCUGUCGCGCAGCAAGAAGGUUUCAGAAAAUAUCCUGAUGCUGAGCCAGAAUCUCUUGGCAUUAAAGAGGAUGUGGAGCUCCCUCAAAUCAAAGAGGAGGAGGAGCCUGAGCCCUGUCAACAGAAGGAGAGAGAAGAGCACCUUCCAAUCAAAAAGGAGGAGGAGGAGCUGCUAUAUGGUAAAGAGGAGGUAGACGAGGUGCAUAUCACCAGGUUGACUGGUGAGCCCUUGAAGAGUGAAGAUGGUCCGAGUGAAGGCAGCAGAGGGGCGGAGCCUCCAAGCGAGGGGAGUAGCAGCAGUUCAACAGAAGGAUUGCAAGCAAACAUUGACAUUGCUCCAUCAGACAGAGAUGGCGCCAAGUCACUCUUACCUUACAGUAAUGAUGGUCAUAAGACAUCUCACGGUGACGACAAAUUCUGGAAAUGCUCUCAGUGUGGAAAAACCUUUGCUAAUAAGUAUAAUUGUCAGAGGCAUAUGAGGAGCCACACUGGUAAAAAGCCUUUUUCCUGCUCAGUUUGUGGUCAAGGAUUUUCUCUUAAGCAAAAUUUACAAAGUCACGAAAGAACCCACACUGGCGAAAAACCUUUUUCCUGCUCAGUUUGUGAUCAAAGAUUUGCUCUGAAGCAAAGCUUAAAACGACACACAAGAACCCACUCUGGCGAAAAAUCUUUUUCCUGCUCAGUUUGCGAUCAAAGAUUCAGCCACAAGAACACCUUAAAACGACACACAAGAACCCACACUGGCGAAAAAUCUUUUUCCUGCUCAGUUUGUGAUCAAAGAUUCAGCCACAAGAACACCUUAAAACGACACACAAGAACCCACACUGGCGAAAAACCUUUUUCCUGCUCAGUUUGUGAUCAAAGAUUCAGCCUCAAGAACACCUUAAAACAACAUACAACAACCCACACUGGCGAAAAACCUUUUUCCUGCUUGAUUUGUGAUCAAAGAUUUGCUCUGAAGCAACGCUUAAAACAACACACAAGAACCCACACUGGCGAAAAACCUUUUUCCUGCUCAGUUUGUGGUCAAAGAUUCACUCUAAAGCAACACUUAACACGACACACAAAAACACAUGCUGGCGAAAGACUUUUUUCUUGCUCAGUUUGUGGAAAGAGUUUUGUUCAUAAGGGGUACUUAACAAAACACACGAGAAUCCACACUGGAUAUAAACCUUUUUCCUGCUCAGUUUGUGGAAAAUGUUUUAUUCACUCGGGAGAAUUAACAUCACAUACAAAAACCCACACUGGUGAAAAACCUUUUUCCUGCUCAGUUUGCGAUCAAAGAUUUACUCGGAAGCAAACCUUAAAACAACACACAAGAACCCACACUGGCGAAAAACCCUUUUCCUGCUCAGUUUGUGAUCAAAGAUUUGCUCAAAAGCAAACCUUAAAAAAACAUACAAGAACCCACACUGGUGAAAAACCUUUUUCCUGCUCAGUUUGUGGUCAAGGAUUUGCACAAAGAGAAACCUUACAAACUCACCAAAGAACCCACACGGGUGAAAAACCUUUUUCCUGCUCUGUUUGUGGUCAAAGAUCCGCUCGGACGGAUCGGAUAAAGAGACACGUGUGUGUUGGUGUGGGAAGCAGUGGCAAAUGACUGUAUUGCCUGUAAUCCAUGCUGGCUUCAUGAGAUUUUGACCGCCGGACGAUUGUAUUCCAUUGAACUUUCUCAAAUCCUGUUGAGGAUUGUCACUUUUGGUGCCUUGCUUUGUCCAAUCGUUGUAUGAUGUGCAUCCUCCCUAUUGCCAAAACCUCACCUGAUUGAACUCUCUCAAGUUAAGUAGCAUUUUUGUAUAUAAUACUCACCCUUUUAAACGAUACUUUUCACAUUUAUUAUUUGAAACGGCAGACCCCAAAUUCCAAAAAUUCAAAAUCAUUCAUAAAUAAUGUCAUUAAAUAAAUAUGCAAAAUAGAAUAUAUUGUUCAAUGUUGCAAAAUAAUAAAGACAUUUUGGCUCAUAAAUUAGUUUUUUGUUGUGGGAUUAAUGUUUCCUUUUUAACAAUUACUAUUGGAUUCCUACUUGUGAUUGACAGAGGCUUGUUACAACAGAGUAUGAGGGCCUAAUAAAGAAAAACUAUUGGGGAGGAUAAAAAAGUUUUGGUAUAUCAUUUUUGUUAAAAAAAAAUAUAUAUAUCUCCUGUAAUACACAAAACUACUGCGACUACUACUAUAAUUUUAGAGACGAAAUUUAUGUUGAAAAUGUUUUUGUUUGUGAAUAACAUGGUCACCACCUGACACCUUCCUUGCAACAAGGGUCACGUUGAAUAAGGCGCUAUUGGAACGGAAAACUUCACUGUUGACAGAGGAGGUGUUACCAUGGCGCAAAAAUGAUUUCUUACUAUACAGAAACAGUGACAUUUUCAAAAAUUCAGUUGAAGGUCGAAAAUGAAGAUGAUUAUGAUGAUAGUUCUGUAAUAGUGCCCAAUGAGGAAAAGUUAGUUGCAGAUUUAGACUGUGGAGUCCAGAAAGGAAAUCAAUAUUUGUUGUCUUCAAAUAAGUAGGAUAAAUUUUUUUUAGCUAUGACAUUAUUUGUGGUUGCUGUUGAGCUUCCACCGUGCAGAGCGCUGUUGGUUGUCUGUGUUCAAAUUUAUUUUAAUGUUUUGAAAAGGGGGUAUUAAUCCAAGGAUUAUUGGACCUUUUAGUUUUCAAAUGUGUUUGUGUAUGAUUGCACCGUCUAGCAGUCUAUGUAGUAGCCUUGUAUGUAAACUAUCCGGCAUUCAUGUGCACGCCUUGUGUGGAGAAACAUACAAAUUUGGACCAAAACGGCUGUUUUGGGAUGGGGAAAAACUAAAACAUAUUCUCAGUUUCCAGCAACCCUGUACCAGCCCCCGGCGAUGAAAAUCUCAU